AUGAUUGAAGAUUAUUUCAUACAAAACGGCCAAGGAAAUAAGUCGACUGCUAAACCGAGUUACUAUAAAGGGCCUAAACAUGAAGCUCUGAAAUAUAUGACCGUUGGACAUUUGAUCGACGAGGCAGCAGAAAAAUACCCGAACAGAGAAGCUAUAGUUUCUGUACAUCAAAACCGAAAAAUCACAUUCUCGGAUCUUAAGCAUGAGGUAGACGAGUUAGCCGCCGGUCUUUUGGAAAUCGGCAUGAAACCAGGUGAUCGGUUAUGUUUGAUGGGUUCGAAUUCGGUAGAAUGGGAAAUCACACUAUUAGCGUCGAUUAAAGCCGGACUAAUUACGGUAAACAUAAAUCCACUGUACAUGAAAAACGAACUCCACCAUUGUCUAAGCAAAGUCGACGGGAAAAUGCUGAUCGCCCUCGAAUUUCCCCCGAACCAAAAGUAUUACGAGCUGCUGAAAAGUAUGAUUCCGGAAAUCGCCCAGCAACCUUAUGGUAAACCGGUUACCACGAGACACUUGCCGAAUUUGGAGUUUAUAGUGAUGAACACAGAGAAGAACCUACCCGGAGUCAUUAAAUACUGGGAUGUGUGCCAAUCGGGCACGAUAAAAUCAACGUCAUACUUGAAAAAAAUUAAUCGCGAACUGAAUCCUCAUGCGAUUUGCAACAUACAAUUUACUUCGGGGACAACUGGUGCUCCGAAGGGAGCGUGUCUGACUCAUAACAAUAUCGUGAACAACGCGUAUUUCUACAGCAAGAGGAUGCUCCUGAUGGAAAAGGAACACCGAAUAUUGUUGCAAGUUCCGUUCUUUCACACUUUUGGAACUGUAGUCGGUAUCAUGGCAAGUUUAAAUAGUGGCAGCGCAUUGAUACUGCCAGCCUUUGGUUACAAACCUAUCGAGUCUGCUAAGGCCAUCAUCUCCGAAAAGUGUACAAUAUUGUACGGGACACCAACAAUGUACAUUGAUAUGAUAAGUGCUUCCAAGGAACUAUUUGAUGAAGGGCUUACGUUUACUACUCCUGAAAUUGGGCUAUGCGCAGGAGCGCUGUGUUCACCCAAUUUAUUCAAACAAAUUAAAACCACAUUCAAUCUCAAAAGACUCGCGUCGAUCUACGGCAUGACAGAAGCCAGUCCCAUAGUGUUCGUCUCGAAUGCCGUCGAGUCUGAGCACACGUCGUUAACUACAGUUGGUCAAGUGCUCGAUCACUCCGAAGUUAAAGUCGUGGACAAAAAUGGGAUCACUGUGCCUCUGGGCAGACCAGGGGAGGUUUGGUUUAAGGGCUACAACGUCAUGCCCGGCUACUGGAACGACGAGGAAAUGACGAAGAAGGCAAUAGACGACGGUUGGCUUAAAUCUGGUGACAUUUUAAUUUUGAACGAAGACGGUUACGGCGUGGUCACCGGCAGGAUUAAAGACAUCAUAAUCAGAGGCGGCGAAAACAUACAACCGCAGGCCAUCGAGUACUUCUUGGAGUCUCAUCCGGAAAUCAUCCAAGCACAGGUGUUUGGAAUACCAGACGACAGACUCGGCGAAGUAGUGUGUGCCGCUAUAAAGAUUACAAAAGGAUCCACCGUUGACGAAGAAACCGUAAAAAAUUAUUGCAACGGCAACAUCGCCAGAUUUAAAGUUCCGAACCACGUUUUGAUCAUGGACGACUUUCCGAAAACCGUCUCUGGCAAAAUUCAAAAGUUCAGACUUCGGGACAUCAUGCAGGAUCAUAUAAGAAAUAUGAAAAAUCUCCAAUGA